AUGCACUUCACCACCAUCAUCGCGUCCAUCGCCGCUCUAGCCAUGAGCGCCAGCGCUGCUCCCGCUCCCGCCGCAUACACUCGGUAUGCCCAACUCCGCCUCUACGGAGAGCCCGGCUGUUCCGCGCAGAACCUAGGCGAGCUUGGCAUCUACGACAUCAACCAGUGUCAGAGCUUCGGCGACAUCGACACGAUCAGAUCUGUUUCUUUUGAAGCGAAUACUCCUGGAUGUACACUUCACGUCUACAAUGAUGUGACAUGUCACCUUUCUGACCAUGUUGUGACUACCGUUCCAGCAUGUGUUUCUGGAGACAAGAGUUAUGGAAGUUACGAGCUGCGCUGUGAUUUCUAA